GCAGAGUUUUCGACACAUCCACUAUUAUUGAGCGAUAAUAAUGACAACGCGCGGGUGAAGCAGAAGCAAAAAAGGCAACCUGCAACAUGUUGAAGAUCCCAUCCCCAUCCCCAUCCAUCCUCAUCCCCUGCCAUCCGCUCCGCUCCCCUCAUCCACCUUAUUAUGAUUGUUAUUGCGUGGGGCGAAUCGCAACCUGCAUUAUUCUCAUGGGUCGCGGCUUGCUAUCUAUGGUGGAUGGAAAGUGCUUGCGACAGCCCUUCGCGCGCCCAUACAAUCUGGCGAUUCGUGAAGCGGACAUCGCGUCGCAUCGCAUCGCAGCCUUGGAAAGUGGUUGAAGGUGUCAAGUCGCGAGUUUGGUGGGUAGGGAGUGGGCACGACAACUGCAACAUCACGCUGACCCGAUUCCUCCUGCUUCCCGUUUGCAGCUCCAGGUUCUCGUGCUUUGGAAUGGCGACUUGUCCUAUAUGUCUUGCCCUGAAAUUUUCCCAACACCAUCGGCUGCAGUAGUCAUAUCGCUUGGUGAGAUGACAUUGAUACGCGAUGCGUACUGCUUGAAAAUCAAUCCUAGGUCAAUCCGGAUGAAGGGCUCCUUGCUUCGUCACGCCGCUUCGCUGUCUCGCUGUUCCAUUGAUUUCCAUUUCGGGCGUCCUUCGAUAUAUUGAUACAUAUGCCUUGAGUUUCCCGGUCGCGGGAGAAUGAAUAGACUCUGUCGUAAGGAUGAGGGCCAGAUGAUGGUUGGAUCUCAGCGGUUGGUCUGCUCUGCUUUCUCGCAGUGCACGAGACGAGUACCCGAGAUGGCUUCGCGUCUUGGCUGGUCUGCUUAUCGAUAAGGUAAAUAUACCUAGGCUUUGGCGGGGUAGCUUUCGUACAUCUGUAUAACCCGGAGGUCGAGGUGGUCGUUGUUCUACGCCGCAAGACCUUGAGUAGCGCAACUAUCUGUCUGGAUGGCUUCAAUUGAGUUGCUCCUGUCAUCUUCGCGUUUGACGGUCCUUGCGGCGAUGGUUCCUGUAUGCAUUAUGUCUUGCGAGAGUCGUAGAGGAUUGAGGUGUUGUGCUGUGUAGGGCGCGAGGGGCGUUGGAAUGGCAACGGCGUUAGCUCGGAGCUUCUGAAUACCAUCCCAUCGCGAACCAUAUCAUACCAUACCAUGCCGCCCUUUGUAGUCUCCUUCAACCCUCCAAACCUCACCAGGCUCUCAGCAGCUUCCGCUCCUCCCAAUCUCCAUCACCAUCACCAUCGACAUGUCUUUGGCUGCUCCUCCACCUCCCACCAUUUCUCUGUCUGUCCAAGACCAACUAGAUGAAGCCAGGCCACUCAGUCCCCACGACGAUGUCAGUUCGCCUCCUUCAUCGCCUCCUCUACACCUUCUGCCCCCUCUGCCCCCUCCUACUACCUCUUCCCCUAUUCCCUCUUUCCCCCUCAUUACCCAUACCAUGCCAUACCAAUAGUCCAGCCGGGAUUAGACUACUGACAUCCAAUGGAGGGACAUUCCAGUGCCAGCGACAAUGAAUACCAACACGCGCUCGAAGUAAGUCUUCCCAUGCAAGCAAUUACCCGAAUAUCACUCUGAUUCCCUUCAUAGGUCGUCUUCGAUCCUCAGAAUGCUCAUCGUCGGAAAUCGUCUCUAGUGUCCUCCGAAAAUAUAAUUCCUUAUCGGAAAACCGAUUGCUUUGUCCAUUCCCUGUUAGAGAGCCAGCGGAAAUUGGGAUCGGGGUUGUAUAACAAAGGCUUGCAAGGCAUUGCCGAAUCAUUAGCCAGCAGUGUCAACGGAGAAUGCGUUGACAAAUCAGGUGAGGAUGUUUUGGUAGCAUCCAAGGACCUGAACAGUCCUGAUAAAUCUGAAGAUACUACAUCAGGUCAAGAAGACGAACAAUCGUGGAAAGACCGUGUUGCAUCCAAACACAUCAAGCAAAAGGCGAUCAACGGCAAAGAAUUGCACAUUGACCCUGUAAAUGAUGUAAAUGCUGUCCACAGCCGCCUGCUCACCAAGAAGCAGCUCUCGGAUAUGGCGUGGGGUGUGCGAGAGCUAAGCAAGCGCUUAGGAAGCAUCAGGUUGAAGCUCAGGGUGAAAACGGUCUUUCUACUGACCAAAGUGUACGAUGAGGGUCUCAUCCAGAAUACCAGAGAAAUUGUCAAGUGGCUAUUGAGUCCAGAUCGACAAGUCAGAUACACCGUUUACGUGGAAAACACCUUGAAAGACAACAAGAAAUUCAAUGCUGCGAGUCUCCUGGCAGAAAUUGAUGACGAAUACUCCAAAAAAGAAAUCAGCCAGGAAGAGAAAAGGCUGGACAGGAGGUUACGGUACUGGACCAAUGAAAUGUGUAGAACGAGGCCACAUACAUUCGACUUUGUAGUCACUCUGGGUGGUGACGGCACAGUUCUAUACGCAAGUUGGCUAUUUCAGCGAAUAGUCCCGCCAGUCUUGAGUUUUGCGCUUGGAAGUUUGGGUUUCCUGACCAAAUUCGAUUUUGAUGACUUCCGAAAUACAUUAACAUCAGCUUUCAAAGAUGGUGUUACCAUCAGUUUACGGUUACGUUUUGAGGGAACUGUCAUGAGAAGCCGAAAUCAGCGUAGAAGAAUAUCUGACGGAGAGCCCCAGGACUCGGAGCCGCGAGACGAAGAUAUCGACAGGAGCCGAGAUCUUGUAGAAGAACUGGCCGGAGAAGAGAAAGGAGAUGACAGAACCCAUCAUCCGGAUGGUACUUUCGAAAUUUUAAAUGAUAUUGUGGUUGAUCGUGGACCAAAUCCAAGUAACGCACAUCCUAUCAAUGUCGAAUCCAAUGCUAAUCGUUCAAUAGCAAUGUCUUCCACCGAGAUAUUCGGCGACGACGAACAUUUUACAUCGAUACAAGCUGACGGCGUAUGCGUAGCAACACCAACUGGGUCAACAGCAUACAACUUGGCAGCAGGAGGUUCUCUUUGUCACCCCGAGAAUCCUGUCAUUCUAGUGACCGCUGUUUGUGCGCAUACGCUAUCCUUCCGACCCAUCAUUCUGCCUGACACAAUCGUUCUUCGAGUUGGGGUUCCGUACGAUGCUAGAGCGAGUAGUUGGGCUAGUUUUGAUGGCCGAGAAAGAGUUGAAUUGAGACCAGGAGAUUAUGUUACUAUCAGCGCGAGCAGAUAUCCCUUUGCGAAUGUCAUGCAGCAAGGGAGACGAUCUGAGGAUUGGAUUAAUAGUAUUAGUGGCAAGUUGGGCUGGAACUCUCGACAACGCCAGAAGAGCUACAAGGAGUGGUCUAAGUAGUCAGCCAUUGUGGCUUUAAUUUUAAUUGCAGCCAUUGAAUUACCAGUUUAGAGGGUGGGAAAACAUG